AUGGCCAUUACAUUAUCGCGCUAUAACGUUAUAACUUUUGGUGACGAAAAACAAAAACUGUUUUUAAAGACGCCUGCUCUUUUUGUAUAAAUUCGAUCCCCAAGAUCCGCGCAUUGUCUACGACCAAAGCAGAACCGGACGGCAAAACUUGAGAAAUGUCUAUGAUAAUCCUGCUCCUUGCGGGGCUGAGCGGCACUCUCGCCCAACAUGCCCCGAACACGGCUGACAACAAACAGGCCAUCGUGCACCUGUUUGAGUGGAGAUGGGCUGACAUCGCCGCGGAGUGUGAGACAUUUCUGGGACCUUACGGUUUCGGAGGAGUACAGGUGUCGCCACCGAACGAAAAUCGUGUGAUCGCCAUUCCUUACCGCCCCUGGUGGGAGCGCUACCAGCCAAUCAGCUAUCACCUCAACACCCGCAGUGGCAACGAUGAAGACUUCAGGGACAUGGUUCACCGCUGUAACCAGCAGGGAGUCAGAAUAUACGCGGAUGUCGUCAUCAACCACAUGUGCGGUUUCGGCGGCUCGGGACACGGCACGGGCGGGAGUUACUUCAAUGCCGAAAACCUGGAUUUCCCGGCCGUCCCCUACGGAUCCAAUGACUUCAACAACUGCAGUACGUGUGGUACCAGCGACUGUAAAGUCCAGAGCUAUGACGACGUUAAUCAGAUACGUAACUGCCGCCUUGUCAGCAUGCUGGACUUGAACCACAGUAGUGACUACGUCCGUGGGAAGAUCGCGGACUACAUGAACUACCUUACCUCCAUCGGAGUUGCCGGCUUCCGUGUCGAUGCCGCCAAACACAUGUGGCCGGGAGACUUGGCCGCCAUCUUCGGCCGGCUCAGCGACCUCAACACCGCCUACUUCCCGUCAGGCUCCCGCCCCUUCAUCGCCAUGGAGGUCAUCGACCUUGGUGGUGUAAUUUCGUCAUCAGAGUACAUCCAUAUGGGGAGGAUCACAGAGUUCAGGUACGGCAAGCAGAUCGGACAGAUCUUCAGAAAGCAGUACGGACAGACGCUGGCAUAUUUGCAGUACAUUGGCGAGAACUGGGACAAGGAGUCGGACAACAACGUGCUGGUGUUCGUGGACAACCACGACACCCAAAGGAGCCACGGGGCAGGCGGAGAGUCCAUCCUCACCUUUAGAGACAGCAAGCUGUAUAAGAUGGCCAAUGCUUUCAUGCUGGCGUUCCCGUACGGCUUCGUUAGGAUGAUGAGUAGCUACUACUGGGACCAGUGGUGGGAAUUGCAGUCGUGGGGCUUGAAGGACAGCAACGACUGGAUCGGGCCGCCAGCCGACGGUAGCGGCAACACUAUGGGGGUGUCAAUCAACAAUAAGGGCAACUGCCGCAACGGAUGGAUAUGUGAGCAUCGCUGGCGUCAGAAUCGCAACAUGGUGAUGUUCCGUAACGUGGCAGCCGGGCACGGCAUGUUCAACUGGUGGGACAACGGCUACCACCAGAUUGCCUUCUCCAGAGGAGACAGGGCCUUCAUUGCCAUCAACAACGAAGGCUUGUGGGCACUGGACGCGACCCUGCAGACAGGUCUCUCCUCUGGCGACUACUGUGACGUCAUAUCCGGUGAUCUUUCUAACGGAGGCUGUACGGGAAAGACCAUUACUGUGGGCGGGGACGGCAGGACUCACAUUUACAUCGCAGGUGAUGACGAGGUCCCAAUGAUCGCCAUCCACGCAGGCUCUAAAGUAUGCAGGGGUAACGGAAUCGACACAGGGCCCACAGACCCAGUGCACCCUACACCCCCUGCCCCGAUCAGCCCAACAGGGACAGCGAGAACAGUUGUUUUCAUCAAGAAGCAGACGUCAUACGAACAGUACGUGUUUCUCAGAGGUGGCGUUGGAUACGGAGAUAGACCAGGAUGCACAAGUGAUGCAGUGUUAAGCCAAUGUGCAAUCCCCAUCUCGCACAGAAUCAGAGGCACCAACACGGUAGGAGACAACCAUCUGGACUGGUAUGGUAUCGAGUGCGGACAGGAGCUUAGAGCACAGGGCAGUCCUCUGGUCUGGACCACGAAUAACCCCAACAACGCGGCUACAGUCAACUCUCAGGGGUACGGCUACACACCACUCAACCAGUGGGGGGACCACUACUGGAUGCUAGACGUGGAUAUGGACUGUUCGCGAACAGAAUACGGUUGGUUUGAGGUGAAAGCCAUGACCAUUGUCCGUUAUCCUGGCGGCGGUGUCCAGUGGGAGAGUGACCGGAACCAGGGGACGUGUGGUGGGACGGCGGGCGGGACCAAGCCCUACUCCUCCGGUAACCACUUCGCACGCUGCGGCAAGAUCAACGCCUUCGACUUUGACGGCAACGCUUGUACCAUCAACGAGUUUUAAGAUUACUUAGAAAUUUUGCUGAUUAUUCUGCUUAUGUCACAUGUUUUAUGGAUGAGAUCUAUUUGUGAAAACCGUAGGAGGGAGAGAGGCAGGAAGGAAGAUGGAAAUGAUAAGAGAGACGAUAAGAACAAGAAACGGAACUUGAUACCUUCGACGUACAUCAUUUUGGUAGUGGACUUUAUUAGAUAAGAGGUAGACAAAUUUUGGUCACCGUGACAGCAUUGAUGAUUAUAGUUGGUGAGUUAAGUAGUAUCGCAAGGAUUGUUUAUUUUUUCUCAUACAUACAGACAAGAAAUUAUAGCAUAAUAAAAGGAUGAUAGAUAGAUAAAUAAAACAUAAGGGGAAGCUAGCUAGCUAAAGGGUACUGUAUUGACCUCCCCAAAAUCUUAUGACAUUAGAAUACAAGCGUUGUGGUUAUAAGGUGCAAAUAAAUAAGCAAACUAAAAAGGCAUAUUUGCAAGCAAAAGCAGUAUGUUAACCUUUGCCUAACAUUUCUACCAAGAAGGGCAUGCAGUCGUAGUUGCAGACGUUGAAACAUGACAAGUCAAGAAGAAGCGGAUGGAUUUUCAUAAUUUUUGUCGUUAAAUCAAAUAACGACCAACGUUAUGAUACGUAAAUCAUGCAAACUAGGUUAAUAGUUUGCACCAUUAAUGACAGGAUAGCAGGAAUUUCAAAGGUAACUUUGUUCGUGAGGAACAUCUAUUGUUGAUAGAUAUUGUUACAUCUCACGUGUAAUUUAGAGAGAUAAUAAAAUAA